AAAUGGCUGCUACCAUCUGACCGCGUGAACGUUUGAAAGGUCCUCGUAACGAUCCAUUUUUUUCUACAACCUCCACAACAUGACAUGUUACACUGCUUGUUCGUGCAACCGUGUUCCUCAUUGCGCUGAUUGGGGCAUCAAUGGAUUACUUUGCUUCGGAACCCGAAAUGCAAUCGCUAUAUACGAGCCACGUGCGAACAUCGGUCAUGUAACACAUACAUUGCACCGGCAUCGUGACCAUGUCAACACAGUACACUGGAUAAAGCCAGGAAACGGUGCACCGGAAUCGGAAUUGUUGUCAGGUUCUGUAGAUGGUACUGUGAUUAUUUGGAGUAAAGGUCAAAGUACGUUUCAAUGUACUUCGGUGUUGAAUGUAGAAGGCACAGUUGUCUUCGCAGAUUCUCUCCAAAUGGUAGAUAAUACUUCGUCUACUACAUUGGCGAAGCUGUUAAUAUGCACAGGUUCAGUCUGCGGCAAUGUCAAACUAUGGUUGAGAGAGGAAAAUGCUGAUGUUAAGCAGAUUCAGUCUCUAAUUUUCGGAAGAAAGUUACCAAUAUAUUGUCGCCUGAUGUAUUUACUAAACAAAUGUCCCCUCUUGGCUGUAGCAUUAGAGGAUGCUUCUAUCUUGCUGUAUGCAAAAUUUGAUGCAGAAUCUGAUUUGGAACAAUCUUUUGUAAAUGUCCAGCGUUUAGUCGGGCAUGAAGAUUGGGUAAUGUGUAUGGAUUUUAUUCAGAAUGAUGAUGGAAAUCUUUUCCUUGCAACAGGCUCAAAAGAUAACAUGAUACGAUUAUGGAAAAUUAGUGAAAAAAUUGGCGUCGAAGAAUUUUCAAGCGAUGAACUCAGACAAGAAAGUAAUACUUUUGUAGUAAAUGAUAGGCAAUAUGAUAUUACUCUGGAAUCAGUACUCUGUGGUCAUGAAAGCUGGAUUUAUGGUCUGCACUGGCAGCCUAUGAAAACAGAUAGCCAUCAAACAAUGAAAUUGCUAUCCUCUUCAAUGGAUAAAACUAUGAUAAUAUGGGAACCAACUGAGAUAAUGGAUGGAAUGUGGACAGAGACAGUACGUGUCGGAGAAGUUGGUGGCAAUUCUUUAGGUUUCUAUGGCUGUAAAUUUGACCCAGAUGGAUUACAUAUAUUGGCACAUGGUUACCAGGGUACUUUUCAUAUCUGGAAAUAUUCUCAAGAAAUGAAUAAGUGGUUUCCACGUCCUGCGCCUGGUGGACAUUUUGCUGAAGUAGUCGAUUUAUGUUGGGAACCGAAAGGAAGAUUUCUCAUCACAGCCAGUGUUGACCAAACUACAAGAAUUCAUGCACCAUGGAAAGAUGAUGAUCUUGAAGAAUUAUGGCAUGAGAUUGCGCGUCCUCAGAUACAUGGAUACAACAUGACUUGUUUAACUAUAUUAUCACCGCAUACAUAUGUUUCUGGAGCGGAUGAGAAAGUGGUGCGCAUUUUCAUGGCCACGUCUACAUUUAGGGAUAAAUUGAAAUUGCUGGCGAAUAUCGAUGAUUUCAAAUUUUUAAAGGCCCACAGUGCUGCUGUACCAUCUCUGGGAUUAACAAAUAAAGCCACGUACUGUGGGAACAAUGAUGAAAAUACAAAAAAUUUAACAACGAAAAAUUCAUACGAACCACCUACAGAAGAGGAAUUAAUGCAAAAUACACUUUGGCCAGAAACGAAUAAGCUUUAUGGACAUGGCUAUGAAAUAUUCUGUAUAGCAGCGAAACACGACGGACAAUUGCUAGCUACAGCAUGCAAAUCAACUACUCAAGAACACUCGGCAAUCUUAUUAUGGGAUACAAACACCUGGUCACAAGUUCAACAAUUAAGCUAUCAUCAGUUGACUGUGACGCAAAUGGAAUUCUCUCCAGAUGACAAAUAUUUAUUGUCUGUAUCCAGAGACAGAAGAUGGUCAUUAUUUAAAGCUACCAAUACAAGUUACAAAUUAAUUGCAGCUAGUUUGAAGAAAGACAAUCCUCAUUCGCGAAUAAUCUGGUGCUGCGCUUGGACGCAAGACUCGAAUUAUUUCGCGACUGGAUCCAGAGACGGAAAAAUCGCUAUAUGGUCCAUAAAAACAAUAGAAAAUAAUAUUGUACCAAAGAUAAUUCUGGAUAUGAAAAAUCAAUCAGUUACAGCGUUAUGUUUUGCGCCAAGUCAUAUUACACGAGAUUUUUAUCUUCUGGCUAUCGGAUAUGAGGCAGGACACAUAGAGAUUCAAAGAAUCAAUAUAGAGUUAGAGAGCGUAUGGUCAAAAUUAUUGGAGUACGAUACUUCUCAAGCUCAUCAUUUAACUGUAAAAAGACUCAUGUUUCGACCUACUAAUCACUCAUAUAAUAACUUGCAACUAGCAAGUUGUAGUAACGAUCAUUCUGUUAAGAUACACAAUAUAGAACUAUCAUCGUUAUAAUUUUUAGAAGAAUUUUAGAUUUUUACUUCAAUUGCUUCAAUAUUUUUAUAAAACUAUGAAAAUAAU